CGUUCGCAAUAGUUUUUAUAUAGCGACCAGUCACCGUCGUCCUCCUAGUAACAGGAGCAGAAGUCUCGUCCCUCCUGGUUCCUGCCUCAUUUUCCAAGCCGUCGAGGCAACUCACCGAUUUCCGAGUUCUUACACGGCCGACCCAGUUUCCAAGAAUGGCAGAGGGAGAAGAGGACUUGCCAAGAGAUGCAAAGAUUGUCAAAUCGCUUCUGAAAUCAAUGGGCGUGGAGGAUUAUGAACCUCGUGUUAUACACCAGUUUCUAGAGCUUUGGUAUCGUUAUGUUGUUGAUGUGUUGACAGAUGCACAAGUUUACUCUGAGCAUGCUGGCAAAUCUGCAAUUGACUGUGAUGAUGUCAAGCUUGCUAUUCAGUCAAAAGUAAAUUUCAGCUUCUCGCAACCACCACCAAGAGAGGUUUUAUUGGAAUUGGCUAGAAAAAGGAACAAAAUCCCAUUGCCAAAGUCAAUAACUGGACCUGGUAUCCCACUCCCACCAGAGCAGGACACCUUGAUUAGCCCGAAUUACCAACUUGCUAUCCCAAAGAAGCAGCCUGCCCAGGCAGUAGAAGAAACGGAGGAGGAUGAAGAAAGCGCUGAUCUCAAUCCAUCACAAGAGCCAAAGGCUGAUGUCCCACAACAUAAUACUCCUCAAAGAGUAUCCUUUCCCCUUACCAAACGUCCCAAGUAAGAAUUUUAGGCUCUCAAAGUUAACACAUUUGAGAAAAUCAUGGACCCAUGAUGAGAAGGAUGUCCUGUAUCUCUAUGAAGAACUGACAGAUGUAUCAAUUAAGAAGGAAAUGAGAAAACGAGAAAACUUGGUAUCCUUUUUUUUUCUCUCUUAUUUGACUGCUUCAAGUGUAUUUAAUCAAUUUCACUUUUAUAAAAAUUAAUUUCACAUCCA